AACUAGGCAUAGAAACAUAAAAAUGGACAUGUUUAUGAAAUAAGAGCAGCAUGCGUAUUUAGUGAAAGACGUCAUAUUCAACUUCAUUCCUUUUAUGACGUAAAUAUGGAUUUUCGUAUUGAUAUCAGUGGAAGACGUCGCAUUUAGCUUCAUUUCUUUAUGACCUCAAACUGGAUUUUAUAUCGCAUUCAGUGGAAGUCGUCAUCAACUAUAUCCCUUUAUGACGUCAAAAUGGAUUUUUGUAUGAAUUGAUUGGAUGGAAGACGUCAGAUUUAGCUUCUUUCCUUUGUGACGUCAAAGUGGAACUGCAUUGGACGUUCCGCAAAGUAUCUCAAAACAGUGUCAGUAUGGUUCGAGAAGCCCAGACAACUGGAGUAAAAUAAGAUAUCACAUUGUCGUCCCGAUAUGGCGGAAGCGCUUCCUUCUGUCGAACAACCGUCGGACAAACCAAAGAGUAAUGGCUUGAAGACAAACGUACCAUUCACAGAGAUUCCCUUAAACCACAACGCUGACGCCCAUGAUGAACCAUUUUGCCGAAUAUGCCAUGAAACUGGAGGAAAAAGAGGGCAUCAAAGACUUAUUCAGCCUUGCUUGUGUAGUGGGACGUUGGGCAACGUUCACCGAGCUUGCAUUGAACGAUGGCUGACGGUUACGAAGACCAAUAAAUGUACGAUUUGUGAAUUCCAGUAUAAAACAAAAAUGGUUCUCAAGCCAUUCAAUCAGUGGAUGUGGCCUCCGUUCACAACCGAAAACAUAGUGAUCACCAUCAUUUCCAUUCUAAUACAUCUGACGGUCCUCAUCCAACUCUUUUGUCUAGUGUUCAUAUGCCUCCAGCUUUAUCAUGACAAGUUCCCGACAGCCCUUGGUGUGGCUAUCACGGGGCUUGUGACAGGAAUGCCCUGGACUGUGUUCAUCGCUUUUGCGCUAGACUUCGGCAUAAUUUAUUCAGAUUACUUAAAAGUUUGGAAGGCUUCUAAUGAGAGAGUGAAGCUGAUUGUAGAUGAUUUGAAAUUCUACCAUGAUCUCAAUACUCUUCAAUAA